UAUGUCUUUUUGAUCCCCUUACUUUCCUCAAUGCAUAUCCUCAUUCCUCUCCCUGUCACCCAGCUGCCCGCUAUCUCCAAAGCCGCAGCCUCCGAGGUUUUUGCGGAGAAUUGCAGUAAGAAAAAUGGCGCUCCACCAAAUCACAGCCCUCAAUUCGUCCCCAUUCGCCCUUCAUUUCGCUCCAACUUGCAGUCCGUAUCUUCAACGCCAGCGACGGCCGCAGCUCCGGUUCUGCGUCGUCGCCUGCGUCUUAGACGGCGAAAACCAAACCGCCCCAGAGGAAACCUUCGCCGGACGCCGAUAAAGCAAGAGGCUGAGGAGCUGGUUCGCUCCAUGGUGAGGAGCUUCACCGAGAAGGAGCCUCUCUCAAGUACGUGAGACUCGUCAGCACUCAAUCCUGCUUCUUGCUGUUCGAAGAGCUCGGCAGGAAAGGCAAAUGGCUCCAGUGUCUCGAGGUUCGUGAGAAAUUCGCUCUUUCCUUCGCCGAUUUGCUACGGCGGAUUCGCCUUGGAUUUGAUGAGAUAACGCUUCCAGCGAGCUAAUUCGGUAGAAUUUGUUCUAGGGUUGGAAGAAUCUCAAUUUGCAAAUGGAAUGAGUUGAACUAAAGUAGAUUGGGUAGGUUGAAGUUACUCAUGAGUCCAUACAUUCAGGUGUUCAGGUGAAUGCAGAAACAGAGAUGGUUUAUAGCCGAUAAUGGUGUCUACUCCAAGCUGAUAUCUGUAAUGGGAAAACACGGCCAAAUCAGGAUGGCAAUGUGGCUCUUCUCAGAGAUGCGCAACAACCGCUGUCGCCCCAAUACUUCGUUCUAAAAUUCACUGAUUUCAGCGCAGCUCCAUUCGAGGGACAAAGCCAAAGCUUUGGCAAAGGCACUCGGCUACUUCGAGAGGAUGAAAGGUUUGGAGAGGCGUCAGCCGAAUGUGGUGACUGGUGACCUACAACAUCCUCUUGCGAGCUUUUGCUCAAGCUCCAGAGGUGGAUCAAGUCAAUGCAUUGUUGAAAGAUCUUGAGAACGGGAAUGUUUCGCCUGAUGUUUAUACGUAUAAUGGCGUCAUGGAUGCAUACGAGAAGAGCGGGAUGAUUUUGGAGAUGGAAUCCCUGCUUGCGUUGAUGAGGAGCAAUCGGUGUAAGCCUGAUAUUGUAACCUUCAAUCUUCUGAUCGAUUCGUACCGCAGGAAGCAGUAGUUUGCUAAGAUGGAGCAGGUUUCCAAGAGCUUGUUGAAUCAUCCCAAGGAGAACCCGACUCUCCCGACUUUCAACUCAAUGAUCACGAACUACGGGAAAGAGAGACAGAGGGAAAGAGCAGAGUCUGUGUUCGAGAAGAUACUGUUGAGAUGAAGCACACGCCGAACUUCAUCACCUAUGAGAGUCUAAUCAUGAUUGAUAGAGCCGGGGAAUUGGGUUCUAUCUGGGGAUUGGGAUUGGAGAUGAUCAAUUAGGGAUUGAUCUCUUGUGUCACAUAAAGUGGGGAAGGAUGG